AUGCCGUUGGUGAAGCCGCUCUGCCGCAUUUGCGAGCGUCCGACGGCGGACGGCGCUGUCCAGGCUGUCCAAUUGGACAAGGAGAAGCUGCAAACUUGGUUCUUGAACGUCUGCGGCUACGAAUUGGCAGAGGAAAUCCAGGGUGACGAUCUGAUUUGCAAUUUCUGCAUCUGGCACGCCGAGUUUCAUUCUAAAUAUGUCAGCGAGUUUGAAGCUUUGGCAUGGUGGCAGCCGCAUCUGGUCUAUUUAGACGACGUGGCGAAGGAGCUGAGGUGGAAUCAUCUAGAAGGUAAAGCAGAGCAGUGCUGGGUGCAGCUGGAGAAGAUUAAGUUGCCGAAAAGCGAGAAGGUAGAAAAUGCAGAGAACGAGGAAACGUCUGACGGUGAAAAGAGCGGGAGGAAAUGUUUCUACUGCGGACAAGUGGUCGCAUACAUUAGAAGUCACGUGAGAAAUAUGCACGAGAAUGCCAUCAGGUGUGACUAUAAGAGUUGUGCCACAUAUUUCCACACUGUUGAAGAAAAGCAAAGCCACACCAUGCAAGUGCAUGAAAAGUCCAAGACUUAUAAGAAGCAUUCUUCCCUGAAAUACCACUUGAAAAUGAAACACAGAAACGAUUCGUGGCGUGGUUUGCAGUACAAAAAAGUUGGAUUCAAGUGCGAGCCGUGCAAAAGGUUUCAUUCUAAAUAUGUCAGCGAUUUCGAAGCUUUGGAUUGGUGGCAGCCGCAUCUGGUCUAUUUAGACGACGUGGAGAAGGAGCUGAGGAGGAAAUAUCUAGCUCACAAGAAAGAAGACGAGGAAAAAGUCUUCAAGUGUCAGUAUUGCGAGUUUAAAACCUCAAAAUACAGCAAUUUGAAGAACCACAUUUCUCGUUUUCAUUUGCCUAAAACGGUCAAGUGUGACAAAUGUGACAAAAUGUUUGCCUCGAAGCAACUUCUGGCUUAUCAUGUCAAUAAGCAACAUUUGUAG